GUUGUGGAGGGUGUGUGAAAGAAGUUGAACUUGCCAGAAUUUGCACUUUGCACAGCUUUUUCACUUCCUUCUCUUAAUGUUUUCGCGAGUUCAGGAUGACGAUCUGCAGAGCUCUCAUUCUAGUUUUAAAUAUUUCUAUUGCUUGUGGUUUGAGAUGCUACACAUGUACCGCUGCUGAACCAAGAUCUUGUACUGACACAAAAUCGUGUCCUGUUAUUUUUAACCGAUGCUUUUCCUUAAGUGUACAUGGUUAUGAUGCAGUUACUAAGGGAUGCCAGACCAGUAUUGCAUGUGUUGGACCUAUGAAGUGCUGUGAAGGGGAUCUGUGCAAUGGAGCCAGGCAAUUUACAGGGCCUAGCUUCCUUUUGUUGUUUCUCUCAUCCACUGCCAUCUUAUUCUUCAUAACCCUACUGGCUUUUGAAAUUGUGGAACAACCAGCAAGUAGUCUAUAUAAUGAGGAGUACAUCAGAGAACUGUCAGUGACUACAGUGAUGAAGAUGUUUAUUAAAGUUUUGAGUUUCCUUAUGGGCCUCUCUACAGCCUGUGCCCUAAAAUGCUACUCAUGCCUAAGUCCCACUAGAUCAUGUACAAACAUUGUCGAGUGUAACGAGCAACUCUUGAAUCGCUGUUUUGCCAUGAAGGUUGAAGGAUAUGAAGUCAAGGGCUGUUACACCAGUCUCGGGUGCUCCAGCAAUUUCCCCUACUGCUGCAAGGGUGACUUGUGUAAUGGCUUCAUACCGACGGCUCCCAGUGUCCUUCUUGUACUGCUCACCUCUGCCAUUUUUACCCUUUGUGUGAUCUAAUUUUUAACAUAUUCUUAUGACAAAUUGAAAAUAAAUGACCAGAGAGAAAAAUGUA